AUGUAGUCAUCAAUUAAAAGUUUGGAAGAGUAUUAGUAAGAAAGAAUGAAAUUCACAAAUUCAUGGACUUUUAUGAUGACAGCUCUAGGUUUUGCUGCUGGUUUUGGAAGUGUAUGGAGAUUCCCUUAUUGUAUAUUUUACAAUUAAAAUAUUAUUUAGUGGUUUUUAAGAAUGGAGGUGGAACAUUUCUUAUUCCUUACUUUUUAUUAGUAAUUAUUAUAGCUAUUCCAUUAUUCUUUCUUGAAGUUGGACUUGGAUAAACAAAAGGUAUGGGAUUUGCACAUUUAAUUGCCACAGAAAAACCAAAAUUAGCCGGUUUUGGAUUUGUUGGUAUUAUUAUAGCUUCAUAUAUAUCCACUUAUUAUGUAUAGUUAAUUUUAAUCAUAGAAUCUUAUAAUGGCUUAUUCACUAAGAUUUUUAUGGGAUUCUUUUAAAUAUCCUUUACCUUGGCUUGAAAGUAUCAUAGAUGAUGAAUAACCCUUUUCAAAAAAGCACUUUUAUGAACAAAUUCUUCAAAUAUCAGAUUCAAUCACAAACAUUAGUAUUAAUUUUAAAUAUUUAAUAAAAGAUGAAAUAAUAUGGAGUUUACUUAUUGCGUAUAUGGUUUCAUUAACAAUUGUUUAUAUGAUUAUUAAGUAUAUAUAUAGUUAUAUAAUUGUUAGAGAAGGAGUUUAAACAUCUGGUAAAAUAGCAAUUGUAACAGCUACAUCUCCUUAUAUAUUAUUAAUAAUUUUAUUAGUAAGAGGAUUAAUGUUGGAAGGUUCAAGUGAAGGAAUUUAUUAUUUAUUAAAACCAGAUUUUAUUCAAUUAUUAAAUCCUUCAGUUUGGGUAGAUGCAGCUAAUUAAGUAAUAUUUUAAAUGAAUGUUGGUUUGGCUAUUUUAUGUUUAUAUGGUAGUUAUAGAAAUAAAGAUGAUAAUCUACCUAAUUUUUCUUAUGCUAUUCCUAUAAUUACUACAUUAUGUGGCAUGUUAGCUGCUUUAGUUGUUUUUAGUUAUAUUGGACAUAUUAGUGUUAAAUUUGAUAUUCCAAUACAUUAAUUACCUGUAUAUUGUUUAUAGUAUAAUUAGUUAUCUGGUCCAGAUUUAGCAUUUGUAUUAUAUCCAGCUAUUCUAGCAUAAAUGCCUAUUCCUAAUUUAUGGUGUAUUAUAUUCUUUUUAAUAUUAUUAUUGUUGGGAAUUGAUACUUAAUUUGGAUUUGUUGAUUUAAUUGCUGGUACUAUAGAAGAUGCUUGUUUAGGCGAAGUCUAUUUAUUUUAAUUUAAAUUAACUAUUUAAUAAGUUAGAUUGGGAAUUUGUAUAUUAUUAGGAAUCUUAGGAUCUAUUUAUUGUACUGAUAUUGGAUUUUAUUUACUUGAAUUUGUAGAUUUAUAUGGAACCACCAUUUCUUUUAUGGGAGGAUUACUAUUUGAAGUCUUUUAUUUUGGAAAUCAAUAAAGGUUUCAUUUAUUCAAAAAGGACUUAGAAUUAAAUAAUAUUAAGAUCCCUAAAUUUAUUGAAUUCUCUAUUACAAAAUUAUGUCACAUUACUAUUGUGGUACUUUUGAUAAUCUCUAUCAUAUAAUAAAUUAAAGGCUCAUUAAAUUAUGAUAGUUUUUUUGUUGUUGUUGGAUGGUUUAUAUCUCUAUUACCAUUUCUAUCGGCAUUGAUAAUAUAUUUAUAGUAUUCAUUUUGUUAUUCUUAAUUUUAGGAAAAAAAAUGAUAAAGAAGAAAAGAACUUAGAUGUUGAAUUAAAUUUACUAGAUAAAAAUUGA